AUGGCGCAUUAUGAACUGCCAAAGCAGAUGGAUGGCCACAACUGUGGAAUUUUCAUCUACAUGGUCAUGGACACGUUAAGCAAACCAAUUGGAAACGAAUUUGAUCCAAUAAGAUGUAGAUUAAAAAUAUUUGAAGAUUCAAAUGGAGGCAUAAGUCCAUUGUUAAAAGCUCAGCGUAAUCGACAAAUUUUUACUGUUAAUUUGGAACAAGAAAUAGCGAAAGGUAUAGGCAGAGAAGAGUUACUCAAGCGAUACGGAAACAUUAAUCUUAUGACGAGUGGUAACAUGUUCACCAUUAAACAGUAUCGCUUCUUUUGGCAUUGGCUCGUAUUCGAAGUGGCGCAACAUUGGUGGUUCCAGGAUAUUGGUAUGAACGCAAGGUUGUGGACUAUCAUGUCUAUACUGGGAGUAAAGAUGUAG